AUGUGCCCGCACUCGGCACGAUGCUCCCUUUCCCGCUCUCAAUUUCUUGCGUCUCUUGCCCUGCUUUCGGGCUUCUCCAUCCUCGCCUAUUAUCGUCCAUCUCCUUCCCUUUGGUCUCCGCUUCCUCGUGGCUUCUCCUUCUGCGUUUUAUCGCGUUUGCCAUCUCUUCGGCUUUCCCCUGUCCUCCCUUCUGUUCGUUUUCGUGCUCAUCUUUUGCGUCACCUCUCUCUUUCGCUGUUUUCCUGCUCGUCUUUUUUAAUCUUCUUCGCGCAUCUUCUCGAUUUCAGCUCGACCCGUUUCUUCUCCAUCUUGCGUUUUUUUUUCUUUUUCGACAACUCUUCGCCUCCCCUUGUAUUUUGUCGCUCGAUUUCAUCUUCUUGGGCUUCCUCUUGCUUCCCUUCCCCUCCCAUUUCGGUUUCCCUGCGUUCCUUGGUCGGCGUCUGUCGGGCGCUUAUUCCCGAUCUCCUUUUUUUUUUCUUUUAUUUCCUUGCCGCUUUUUGUGCGGGCUAUCUAUCUUCCCCCUCCGUCUUCCGUCUGUCAUAUCCUGCCCUCGCUUGUGGCUUUUGUCGUGGGCGCCUCUUCCCCGGUCAUCUUCGCUUCCCUUCCUUGUUUCGCCCCCUGCGCUUCCUCCCCGUCCUCUGCCCCCGCCAUAUACGCUUGCUGACCCCCGCCCACAGCGUGGCCGCCUGCCCCACGCCCGCGCAGCGGCACCUCCUCGCGCAGCUCGCGGGCAUCCUGCACGCGCUGGGCAACGACGCGUGUGCAUGCGCCGGCGCCGCGCAUGCUGGAGAAGAAGAAGAAGAGGACGCGAAGAAGCGGUGUGUGCUGCAGACGAUCGAGGGCGUCGUGUUCCCGCCCGCCCCACACGCGAUGGACGUCGACCCCCCGCCCGGAGUCCAGCCGACGACCCCGGCCCCGGCCCCGGCGCAGGCACAGCCGCAGAAGCGCCGCCGGCUCGCGGGGCCGGGGGUGCCGCCGCCGAGCCCGCCGCCGCGCGGCGCGGGCGGGCGCUGGGGGCCGCUGGUGGGAAGGGAAGGGGGGGUGCGGGUGCGUGCACGGCCGCGGGGCGGGGGGGACGGUGGGGGGGGGGAGCGGGUGGGGGGGGGAGCGUGCUUGAGGAGGAGGACGGGGGGUAUGAGGUGCUGGAGGGGAGUGGGGGCGAGGGGAGGGAGGGGAGGGAGUGGGUUGUUGUGCGGCGGGGGGAGGAGGAAGAGGAUAUCGAUAUCAUUGGCGAAGGAGAAGGUCCGCCGCGGCACCACCGGGCCCGGCCGCGCCCCCGGCCCCGGCCGCGAGCAGACGAGGCGCAGGCGAAGGGGGGAGGCGCUCCCGCCGCGGAGUCUGCGGAAGGCGUGGAUGGAGGUGGCGCGGGUGGUGGAGGCGCAGGAGAAGGCGAAGGCGAAGGAGGGCAAAGGAAAGGGGAGGGAGAGGGAGAGAGAGAUGGAGGGAGAGGGGGAUGGGGACCAGGACCGGGAUGGGGAGGAAGAUUCCCAGAACCGCCAGCUCCGCGUGCGGCGGGCGGCCACGGACGAGGACGAUGAUAUGCGCACCCGCAUGCGUCCGGAGCGGACGGCGCCGGAUGAAGAAGACGAUAUCGGUAUCCACCGCCACCUACAGCGCCGGCGGCACACGCGCUCGCCCGCGGACCGCGAUGUGGACGAUAUGCCCCCGCCACCGCCGCCGCCGCCGCCGCCGCCGCCGCCACCACCGCUCGCCUCCUCCAACUAUACCACCGAUGUCCCGAGCCCGUCGCCCAGCGCGUCCUUCGCGCGGAUGCGCAUCGUGUCGCCGCAGGCCGACGCUUCACCUGCCGCUGCGUCCGCGUCCGCGUCGGCGGUCUGGAGGCCGCCGGCGGGCGGGUGGAUGAGAAGGGAUGUGGACGUGGACGUCCUGCCGGCUGCGUCGAUCGCGGCGCCGGGGCCGGCGGAUGGACAGGAGGACUUGCACGCCGCGGCGGAUUUGUUGAUGUUCCUCGCGGGGAACAGCGCGGGUGUGUCCCCGCCCGCGCCGGCGGCGGUGCCGGCCCUGGAGCCGGAGGCCGCGACCACGCACGUGUCGGAAACACGAGAGUCAAGAUCGCGCUCGCCGACGUACACGCCUGCGAGCCCGCCGACGGUCUCCCGCUCCCGCUCCCGCUCGCGGUCGGCGUCCGCGUCGCCGGUGUAUACGCCGCGCUCGCCGCCGGCGGUGGCGGUGUCCGCCGAUAUGGACCUCGACGUCGACGUCGUUGGAGAUGUGGAUAUCGAGGAGCGGGAGUCCCCGGAGAGCCCGCCGCCGUACGAGAGCCCCGAGGUUCUCUUCAACAACGACCAUGAGCUGGGGCCCGACCCGGAUAUUGACGUGCUGAUGAACGAAGGGCAGGAGGAGUACAGGCCGAGCCCGGCGAGCCCGAGUCCGGCGCCGGAGGAGGGCGAGGGGGAGGGCGGGGGGCGGGGGCGAGGGCGAGGGCGAGGGCGGGCUGGGGUUGCGGGUUGGAGGGGAGGUGGAGGAGGGCGAGAGCAAGAACCGCCGCCCGGACCGGAACCCGACCCACUGCCCGAACGGGAGCGGACGCCGACGCCGACGCCGCCGCCCGCGCCGGUGCCCGUCGUGAAGGUGACGCUGAAGGAGUGGAAGGCGCGGCGGAAGGCGGACGAGGAGGCAAGGCUAAGGAUGAAGGCGGCAGAGGCGGAGGCGGAGGACGGCGUCAGCGGGGACGUCGAGGAACCGCCGGCCGUGCCCGUGCCCGAGACGCCGGCCGCCGCCGAGGCCAGGGUGGACAACACCAACGGCGAUGGAGACGGAGACGGGCUCGCGGCGGUGCUCGCGGGCAUCCGCGCGUCGGCGGCGGAGGCGUUCGCCCCUCCCGCGGCCAGGCCGGCGCCGGAGAUGGUGAAGAGCGCGCUGAGCAUGGAGGCGUUCGUGGCGACCGGCGCGGCGCUGUCCCCGCUGAUAGUUGGGGGCGUGCUCGACUCGCCCGCGGUGAACGUGGUGAAGGAGCCGGAGCCGGAGCCGGUCCAGCCGCCCGCGCCGUUCGGGUAUAGCAAGACGCCGACGGAGCUGUUCUCGUUCCCCGCGAAGGUGAACGUGGGGCCGGGGCCGCCGCCGGGGAGCGCGCCGCCGACGUUCUCGUUCCGGUUCCGCGCGCCCGUCAAGGAGAGGGAGAGGGAGGAGGGCGAGAUAGUACCGCCGCCGCCGCCGCCGCCGGUGAGCGCGCCGGUGUCGUCCAGCUUCACGCCCACGCCCACGCCGAGCUACUCUGUUCAGCAACACCACCACCCUUCGCUGCACCAGCAAACACAACACCUCCCGGCGCCGCCGCCGCCGCGGCGCGACCCCGCGCAGCCGCCGACGCAGCCGCGGUCGUACCAGCUCGCGAGCGCGCGGGGGAACGCGCGGCCGCCGCCGAGCGCGCCGAAGGCGCUGCGCGAGGCGGGGAUGAACGGCGGCGCGGGCGCGGGCGGGCUGGGCGCGGGCGCGGGCGCGGGCGGCGGUGGGCCGGGGGCGAAUGGAGUUAAUGGCAUCGGGCUGGGCGGUGGCAGGGGCGCGGCGGGGUGGAAGCGCGGCGGGGCGGCGGGGGGGAGUGCGGCUGGGGGUGGGGUGGGGGGGUAUAAGGGCCGGUGA